AUGUACCUCGGCCACCCAGAGAAGGGCUUUUGUGAGAACCGUAUAUGGCUGUGGAAUAGCAAUCGGUGCAGCCGGGCUCGGGGUCUGGUCCUUUUUUGGGGCUGAUGUGGGUGGAUCAGAAGGUGACGAGACUCAAGGGCUAUAAAACUUAACAAAGCGGGGAGGAAGAGUACACCAUCCCAGAGUAAAGGACCCCGGCAAAGCAGACAGGGCCCAUACAGAUUGACCAUGUGUGACGAGGAGGAAAGUACAGCGCUGGUUUGCGACAACGGCUCCGGACUGUGUAAGGCUGGCUUCGCCGGGGAUGAUGCUCCCCGAGCGGUCUUCCCCUCGAUCGUGGGCCGCCCUCGCCAUCAGGGCGUUAUGGUCGGAAUGGGCCAGAAAGACAGCUACGUAGGUGAUGAGGCUCAGAGUAAAAGAGGGAUCCUGACCCUGAAAUAUCCAAUCGAGCAUGGCAUCAUCACAAAUUGGGAUGACAUGGAGAAGAUCUGGCACCACACUUUCUAUAACGAGCUACGUGUAGCCCCUGAGGAACAUCCAACUCUGCUCACUGAGGCUCCCCUGAACCCCAAGGCCAACCGUGAAAAGAUGACCCAGAUCAUGUUUGAGACCUUCAACGUGCCAGCCAUGUAUGUUGCUAUCCAGGCUGUGCUGUCCCUUUACGCGUCCGGCCGUACAACUGGUAUCGUGCUGGACUCUGGAGAUGGUGUCACCCACAAUGUGCCAAUCUAUGAGGGUUAUGCCCUGCCCCAUGCCAUCAUGCGCUUGGAUCUGGCUGGCCGUGAUCUCACUGACUACCUCAUGAAAAUCCUUACUGAACGCGGCUAUUCAUUUGUCACCACAGCUGAACGUGAGAUUGUCCGUGAUAUUAAGGAAAAGCUGUGCUACGUGGCUCUUGACUUUGAGAAUGAGAUGGCCACAGCUGCCUCCUCAUCUUCCUUAGAGAAGAGUUAUGAACUGCCUGAUGGCCAAGUCAUCACCAUUGGCAACGAGCGCUUCCGUUGCCCAGAGACUCUCUUCCAGCCAUCUUUCAUUGGAAUGGAGUCUGCAGGCAUCCAUGAGACCACAUAUAACAGCAUCAUGAAGUGUGAUAUCGACAUCAGGAAGGAUUUGUAUGCCAACAACGUACUGUCUGGAGGUACCACCAUGUACCCUGGUAUUGCUGACCGUAUGCAAAAGGAAAUCACAGCACUUGCUCCCAGCACCAUGAAAAUCAAGAUCAUUGCUCCUCCUGAGCGCAAAUACUCAGUCUGGAUUGGUGGCUCCAUCCUGGCCUCUCUCUCCACCUUCCAGCAGAUGUGGAUUAGCAAGCCCGAAUAUGACGAAGCUGGUCCAUCCAUUGUACACCGCAAAUGCUUUUAAACCGUCAUCUUUCCUCUCUCCUCUUUUUGUAUCUUUUUGCAACAAGAAAACUGUGAAUGUGCAAUUAGAGAAACAUACUUUUUACUGUUUUCAUUCCAUUGCUCUGACACUAGAUAUUAGCUGUAGCUUUAACUGAAUGAAUGGGAGUUUUUAAAAUAAAGUCAGAAUGUGUUGCCAGUA